AAAAAACAACAUGAAAGUCUUCAACCUCGCAGUUUUAGUAUUCCUUGCCUUCUGUGCAACUUUUUCUAAUGCAAAACAAUAUAUGCGAUGUGAAUUGGUAAAGGAGUUAGUUCAAAAGUACAAAUUUGAUAGAAGCCUUUUGUCAAACUGGGUAUGUAUGAUUGAGCACGAAAGUGAUAGAGAUACUUCGAAAGUAACUAAAAACGCAAAUGGCAGCAGUCGAUAUGGACUUUUCCAGAUAAGCAGCAAAGAAUGGUGCAAAGAAGGACGAAAGGGUGGAUUGUGUAAUGCACGUUGUGAAGAUUUCCUUGAUAACAUGAUUGCUGACGAUGCUGAGUGUGCGAAAAAAGUUCAAAGUCGAGAUGGAUUUAAACAUUGGUCGGGUUGGAACUCCGUUUGUCGUACACAAAGCAAUUUACCGAAUUUAAAUUUAGCUUGUAGACUAAAUGAUAUUCGCAAAUAAUUUUACAUAAUUUCACUCAAAAAAUUUGUGAUUAUAAUAAGAGGCGAUAAAAAAAAUUAAAAAUAUUUUUUAUCAAAUCAUCAGAAAAAAAA